CCUCUUUUGCCUCCGCCGACAACAAUGGCUGAACACGCGCCGCUGACGGUCGACAAGUCCAAGUACGAGUCCAUCGCGACUCUCGAAGACGGCUCGCUGCCCGACACCCGGUCGUGGUACGAGACGCACUACCAGCUGCGCCACGAGUGCCUCGCCGAGCUCCUCGGCACGUUCGUGCUCAUGGCCUUCAUCAACGGCGUCAUCGCGCAGGUCAAGCUCGGCGACGGCGCGUUCGGCGACUGGACGCAGAUCUGCAUCGGGUGCGGCCUCGGCGUCACCUUUGGCAUCCACGCGUCCGGCGGCAUCUCGGGCGGCCACAUCAACCCCGCGGUCUCCUUCGCGCUCUGCGUGCACGGGCUCAUGCCGUGGCGCAAGCUGCCCUUCUACGUCGUCUCGCAGAUGGUCGGCGCCUUCCUCGGCGCGCUCUUCGUGUACGUCAUCUACCUCCCGUCGCUCGACUUCCACGACGCCGGCCGCACGUGGAACAAGACGGGCGGCAUCUUCGCCACCUACCCGCAGUCGUACGAGCACCAUUUGAGCGCGUUCGUGACCGAGAUGCUGGGCACGGCCAUGCUCCUCCUCACCAUCAUGAGCGUCGAAGACCCGCGCAACAUGCCGACGUCGCCCGUGCUCAAGCCGAUCACUGUCGGCGCGGCGAUCACGGCCAUUGGCUUCAGCUUCGGCAUGCCCACCGGCUUUGCGCUCAACCCGGCCCGCGACUUUGCCCCGCGCCUCUUCACGUACCUCGCUGGCUGGGGCCCCGAGGUCUUUACGGGCGCCAACUACUACUUCUGGAUCCCGCUCAUUGCGCCGUUGGUCGGCGGCGCCCUCGGUGCCGGCUGCUACAAGGUCGUGAUCAUCAACUACCACCGCAAGGUCGACGCCAAGACGGUCGCCUAAGUAGUUAGUUUUGUAGCAUUUUUGAAAUGAAGUCGGUUUGCCUCC